AUGAACCGGUGCGCUGAGGCGGCGGCGGUGGCGGCCUCGGGGCCCGGCGCGGGCGUCGGGAACGCGGGGCAGCGGCCGCCCAGAGUGCCCCGCCAGGCGUCCUUCUUCCCGCCGCCCGUGCGCAACCCCUUCGUGCAGCAGACACGGCUGGGCGCGGCGAGGCGCAUCCAGAUUUUCUUUCUUGGAAGUAUCCUGCUUCCAAUUCGUGCCCUGUUCCUUGCAUUAAUUUUAUUACUGGCGUGGCCAUUUGCUGCAAUUUCAACAGCAUGCUGUCCUGAAAAGCUGACCCACCCAAUAACUGGUUGGAAGAGGAAAAUUACUCAGCCAGUCUUGAAGUUUCUAGGCCAUGCCAUGUUCUUUUCAAUGGGAUUUAUAGUUACCGUGAAAGGAAAGAUCGCAAGUCCUGUGGAAGCACCAAUUUUUGUUGUUGCCCCUCAUUCAACAUUCUUUGAUGGAAUUGCCUGUGUUGUGGCUGGGUUACCUUCUAUGGUAUCUCGACAUGAGAAUGUGCAGGUGCCUCUGAUUGGCAGAAUCUUGCGGGCUCUGCAACCAGUGUUGGUGUCCCGUGUAGAUCCAGAUUCUCGAAAAAACACAAUAAAUGAAAUAAUAAGGCGGGCCGCAUCAGGAGGGGAAUGGCCCCAGAUACUAGUUUUCCCAGAAGGUACUUGUACUAAUCGUUCCUGUUUGAUUACUUUUAAACCAGGGGCCUUCAUUCCAGGAGUUCCAGUGCAGCCAGUUCUCCUCAGAUACCCAAACAAGCUGGAUACUGUAACAUGGACUUGGCAAGGAUAUACAUUCAUUCAACUUUGUGUGCUCACUUGCUGCCAGCCCUUCACAAAGGUGGAAGUUGAGUUUAUGCCUGUUCAAAUACCAAAUGAUGAAGAAAAAAGUGAUCCUGUCCUUUUUGCCAGUAGAGUCCGGAAUUUAAUGGCAGAAGCUCUGAGAAUUCCAGUAACAGAUCACACCUAUGAAGACUGCAGAUUGAUGAUUUCAGCAGGACAGCUAACACUGCCUAUGGAAGCUGGGUUGGUGGAAUUUACCAAAAUCAGCCGGAAAUUGAAAUUAGAUUGGGAUGGGAUUCGUAAGCAUUUGGAUGAAUAUGCCGCUAUUGCAAGUUCCUCUAAAGGAGGAAGAAUCGGAAUUGAAGAAUUUGCGGAGUAUUUGAAGCUGCCUGUUUCAGAUGUCUUGAGACAACUUUUUGCACUCUUUGACAGGAACCAUGAUGGCAGUAUCGACUUCCGAGAGUAUGUAAUUGGCCUGGCUGUCCUGUGCAACCCUGCCAACACAGAGGAGAUCAUCCAGGUGGCAUUUAAGCUCUUUGAUGUUGACGAGGAUGGCUUCAUAACAGAGGAAGAGUUCGCCACCAUUCUGCAGGCAUCCCUUGGAGUGCCUGACCUUGAUGUUUCUGGUCUCUUCAAGGAAAUAGCCCAGGGGGAUUCUGUUUCGUAUGAGGAAUUUAAAAGUUUUGCCCUAAAGCAUCCAGAAUAUGCUAAGCUAUUUACAACCUACUUAGACCUCCAGACGUGCCAUGUGUUUUCAUUACCAAAAGAAGUCCAAGCAACUCCCUCAGUCGUAAGUAAUAAAGUCAGCCCUGAAAGUCAUGAAGAGAGUACCUCAGACAAAAAGGACGACUGA